AUGAUUAAAUUGGGUCGGGGAUGUUGCAUCUCUGCUCCAUCAUCGAAAAUCCAGUUAGGAUUUAAGUUGGGAGGAGUUAAUCCAACAAGCCAAGAAAUAGGACGUCAAGCCCAUGCACCAAGUCAAGACGUUGGGAGCAAAACCCAUGUAGCAAACGAAGAAGCUGAAGCGCAAGGAAGUGAGCAUUUGGAGUUGCAGUGGAAAUACAAUUUAUCUCCUUGCCUUCGGUUUGGAAGGCACAAAAAUCGCUUGAGUCGUGAAGACGCAACCAGGUUCGAGGCGGUCAAGCCGGUGGCUAAGUCUUGGCUCAAGCGUCCAUUCACAAACGUAUUGAGAAGCUCCGCCGCAGCGGAAUUGGCAUCGAGGAGCCCCAUUUCAACGAGGACUGCUUCGGCGGCGGCGGUGGGUUGGGCGAGUUCGAGCCGAGCUCGCUAUGCUUGGCAAAGAUGGUCCAGAGUUUCAUGUAGUAGAGCAACGAGAAGCAAUUGGCUAUGGCGUGAUGCAGCCGGAACCGCUGCAACAAUUUUAACGAAAACUGCAACAACAGCUCCGAAGACGAAUUGGAGCUAG